AUGUUGACUCGCACAUUCUUUGCCAUUUUGGCGAUCGCGUCGACGACCGUCUCAGCCGCGGUCGUUCCUCCCAAGCUCGGCCCAUACGAGAGCUGGGUUCCGACGAGCUCAGGCCGCGUUGGAGCUCAGUCCACGGGUUCGGAACCAUUCAUGAAGCCGGCAGUCCCUCCCAAGAACGCCCAUCAGCUUAUCGACGAUUUUACCGAUCCCGUGCUCGGAAAAAAUGUGUCAUAUGGUCCUGACCCGGUCAAAUCGAAAGGUAAACGCUGUUGCGCGGGCAGGAUAAUUCCUUUGAGCUCAUGCCCGUGGAUUGACCUCGCGAUCAACCUCCCCAGCUUGCCCCAAGUACACGGAUCAAACCAUCACCGUCACCGUCUAUGUUCGAUUCUACUACUACGCCGCUACAGCUGCUGAACUGCAGGGCAAAACUCCGGGUAAGCCUCAAGAGUUUUGGAGGAUGAGGUCCCCUCAGUGGACUUUCCGCCGGAGCGCUGCAGCGACGGAAAAGCCGGAUGAUCAUGGACGAAGCCCGAAACUAAUCCCUUCCUCACCACGGCAUCAAGGUUUCUAUGGCUACCACUCUCAGGCUGAUGCUAAAGCCGCGGUAGGUACUGUUCGUACUUUCCCCGCCUCUGUACCCCACUGACUCCUAUGUCUCAUUUGCAGGUGGCCCGCAUCACCUCGUACUACGCCAAGUGGAACCCGAGGAUCAAAUUCGUCUUGGCGACAGGCAACACCCAGACCACUGCUGGCGUAUGGUACUGGCGUUUCCCCACUGCGGCAUCGUACAUGAACCAAGUCGUGGGCAAGCCGGAUGGACAGGCUGAAAUCGCCAUCGCCAAUGAAUGCCGUGGUCCCCUCGCGAAGCGGCCGGCCACUCAGAACAAGCAGCUAUGGAUCUACAGCGUCAAUUACAUCAAUGGAGGGACACCAGCUUUCUCUUACCGCCCGACUUCGACGUCCCCUUUCACUCAAGAUGGUAUCUGGGUGAGUCUGACUGAAACGCCGAGUCGGAGAAAGAGCGCUCAGUCGCUUCUUUGUUAACACUGGCCAGAUCCGUACCGAGUAUUUCGAGCAAUCUCCGAGCUACCCCAACUUCUACACUCCGACCACGUUGUCCCACGAGGUAUGCGAACACUCUCUGCACAGGUUUGGAGAUGCUGGUCGUCGAACUGACUCUUUGCGGGGUCGUCGUUUGUUCACUGAAAUCAGGCUGGGCACUGGCUCGGUCUUUACCACACCUUCGAAGGAGGUUGCGCGGGCAAGAAUGACGGCACCGAUGGAGACAUGUGCCGAUGUAAGCUCCCUCCUUCACUCCUCAACUUAGGUUGCAUGAUUGCGACGGAUCUGACGCCUAUUUCCUUUGUGCUUCUUCAAAGUGACCCCCAAAUGGCCGACGUCGAACGCCCCAAUCAGCUGCCCUUACUAUGGCUCCUCCUUUGCCUCCCAGAAGAAUCCCUGCAACCCCUCGGCCCCCGCUGCCGAAAUCGAAACCGGCGUCACCAACAUCAUGAGCUACUCGUACACUCUCUGCCGCAAUCGCUUUACUUCUGACCAGAUGGGGCUCACCUGGCGUACGGCGGUCAAUCUCAGAAAGUUCGUCCCUGUCUGUGGUGCUCCAGCUUGA